GCCACCAGCCUGUUUCUACACGCUUCAUAGGAUACCUGUUUUGGAUCAUUUGGAUUCCAGUUUUAAGGCAAUGAAGUAGUUGGGAAAAAAUGGAGUGAAAAAUCUUUGGAAGGAUAUAAGCCCUAAAUGUGGAACAUACAUGAAAGAGAAACUUGUUAUUAAAACUCUAUGAAAAGAAGCUUUGGAGAAAAACAGUAGAAUUGCUAAUAGAGCCAGAAAGGCAACAUCAGAGAGAAAGAAAUUCUACUACAAUCUCUACUACUACAUUUAUGACUACUGAGACAUUUAAUUACAACUGGAGAACAAGGGUGGGUCUAGAGAAGCCUGAGAAACAUAAACACUACAGGUGAAGACUGGCAAGAACAAACACUGAUUUCUGAAGUGCCUGGAAAGGAAAAGCUCUGGUCAGUUUCACGUGGACAAGCCCAGUGUUUUCCAGAGAUGCUGCUGAAGUAGUCUUCGCUACUGCUUCUCUUCACUCAGCGCUCUAAAUAACAUGGGCUGCAUGAAAUCAAAGCAAACUUUCCCAUUUCCGACCACAUUUGAGAGUGAGAAGCAACAUGCAAGUGAAGAAAGCUUUAUGCCUGAAGAGCGAUUUCUACCGAGGAUGCCCGCUCCAGUUAAUGCUGACGAGGAAGUGAAGGAACCACGAGGGCCUGAAACUGUGGUCUUCGAGUUUGCACACCGCCUGUCGCAGGAAAUCCUCAGUGACGCCCUGCAGCAGUGGGCGGGCAACAACAUGAAGUACGAGGACAUCCCGUACAUUGAGAGUGAGGGGCCCUGACGCCGUAGGACGCUGAGGAUAACUUUCUAGAAUUGUGGAGGAAGUUGGUGCUAGUUUAAAUACAUGAAAUAAUAGCAAAAACUGGUGUGAAUAAAUACAAAUCACUCCAUCAGGAUGGAGGAAAAAAAAGUCCAUGAUAGUAUCAAGAGUAUACAGGAGUACCUAACAUGACACGUGAUAAACACUUUUAUGUUAACAGCAAAUUCUUGCUGCUUGGUCUUGGGUUGGAGUCAUUUUAAAGGGCUAAGCACAGGGCCCGCACCACAGUAGUCAGCUGUGUGCCGUACCACUUCCUUCCUGAGCACUAGUAGUAGCACCAAAGAA